ACCGAAUUUUUAAAAAUAUUAACUGAUGUUCAUGCCAGGACCCAGCCCGAAAACCUACAUGAGAGGCGAUAUACCAACAUCGAGAAGGACUUUUGCGCAUAUGAUUAUUUGACGGCUGGUAACGCACACUAUGAAUACAUUUCCGAGAAUAUAUCCACCAUGACAGUUAAGAGCAUUCAACGACAUUUGAAGAAGGAUACUAUCGAUGUUGUAGAAGGUGUCAUCAACGUGAAAGGACUCAAAUCAUAUCUUGAGCGCAACGGAUAUCCGCUGAUUGUAGCACUUUGUGAAGAUGCUACCAAAAUUACAAGCAACGUGGAAUACAACUAUCUUACCGACAGCUUACGUGGAUUAGUCGCUCCAUUAAAUUCUAAUGGUCUUCCUACUCCCAAUCUAUUUGCCGCCAGUUCUCCACAUGUAAUAAUCAACGCAAUUCAUAAAUACCCUGUUGGAAGCUAUGCUUAUGUUCAGCUAGCCUUACCGCUUGCUAUAAACGCUGCACCGUAUGUUCUUUUCCAUACCUGUUCUGAUAACAGAUUCGAAGCAGCUGACGUGUUAAAUCGUUGGACUUACACUGAAAGCAUUCUUAAUCAGCAUGGAAUAAACGUGAUCUCAAAUACAUCUGAUGGAGAUCCACGGUUGCUUAAAGCCAUGAAAAUUCGAGCAGGCUUAGAUAAUGAAAUUACGACAUCCACCUUCAGCCCAUGGUUCAUAGUUCACAAUAAACCCGAAGUACCAAUGAAUGUACAAGAUAUGGUACAUAUUGUAAACAAAUUUCGGAAUCGAUUUCUAAACAAAGAAAUGCAAAUUGGAAAAUUGUUUAAAUGUGAACAGAACAUUGAAAAUAAAUUCUCUUGUUUUAUCGCAGAUAUCGAUCUUAAAGAUAAAAUGAAGCUCGAUCCCACUCUCAAAAUGAUUAAAGAGAAAUUGAUAAAUCAUCUGGAGGCUAAUGUUCAGGACAGUAAAGAAACAGUUUUGUUCCUAAAAAUUAUGCGGCUCAUGUUCAGAUCUUACGUAGAUGAGGACCUUUCACUUUUAGAGAGGGUGCAUGCAAUAUGGACCGCUAAUUUUAUAGUUCGUAACUGGCGCAAUUGGUGUAAAAAACACAUAAAAAUAUUAAAUUUUUAAUAACAACCAAUGCUUACACUUGUCUGGAGCUAAACGCACACGCGCUUGUUUAUUUUAUACAAAAUUGCCGAGACCGUAGUGCCCCCGAGCAGUUUUUAAUUGCACGCUUGUCUAGUCAGCCUACUGAAGCACUAUUUCGACAACUACGAUCAAUGGGAACAGUAAACCAAACAAUCGUCAACUUCACCAUAAAAGAGUUAACAAAUAAACUAAAAAGGAUACAAAUGACAAUAAACAUCAUCCAUAGAAAUAGUAACAUAAUCAAAUAUCCCACACUAACGAAAAAUCAGAACAAGAAAAUCUAUUUUCAAAAUUUGCCUACCGAUGUAGAAAUGCUAGCUGAGAUUUCAAAAGCAAACGAGGCAGCUUGCCAGGCAUUGCUUGACGUCGGUAUUCAAGAACACGACUUCGAUAUGAUUGCAUCCAUCAACCUCAAACUGAUUGGUAAACCAAAGAACACUGAGAUUGUUUAUGUGAAUGAAAGUGCUGGAUUUGUAAAUGAAAGCAACAUUGAAUACAAAAACAUGCAACAUCAUAGGGCAGGGGCUGCAAUAAAAAACAUAGAUUCUCAGACUGAAAAAUGCGAAAGCGUUGAUAAUGAAAACGUAGUGGAGAUUGAAUUUAUAAAUGUUGCCAUGAAUAGUUGGUACAAAUAUGAAAGCGAAAACGGAACAUCAUAUAUUCUUACUAGAGAGAGCAGAGAUUCCAACGAAAGUCUGACAGCACGCGCAACUAUGAAAAACAUGGUACCAGCUUCAAGAAAACAUUCCGUCAACGGUGCACCUGUGUAUUUGGCAUCAGAGUUAUUUACUAACAUGA